GCGGGCGGGGCAGCGGCGCCGGGAUUUGGCUGCGGGUGUCCGCGUCUCCGGCUGCUGAGUCUGUUUAGACGCCCGGCGGCCAUGGCUGUGUGGGCGGCCCUUUUGCGCCGUUGCGCCUGGGGGCGCGGUCGCCUGCUCCAGAGGCCGCUGCAGGAAAUAAGAUACAUGGAGCGAAGUUAUGUUUCAAAACCCACUUUGAAUGAAGUGGUCAUAGUGAGUGCUGCCAGAACCCCUAUUGGAUCCUUUCUGGGCAGCCUCGCCUCCCUGCCGGCCACCAGGCUUGGUUCCAUUGCAAUUCAGGGAGCCAUCGAGAAGGCAGGGAUUCCAAAAGAAGAAGUGAAGGAGGUGUACAUGGGAAACGUUCUGCAAGGGGGUGAAGGACAAGCGCCAACAAGGCAAGCGGCCCUGGGCGCAGGCUUACCGAUUUCCACUCCAUGCACCACUGUGAACAAAGUGUGUGCCUCGGGCAUGAAAGCCAUCAUGAUGGCCUCGCAGAAUCUCAUGUGUGGACACCAGGAUGUGAUGGUGGCAGGCGGGAUGGAGAGCAUGUCCAACGUUCCCUACGUCAUGAGCAGAGGAGCCACGCCGUACGGUGGUGUCAAGCUGGAAGAUUUGAUUGUGAAAGAUGGGCUGACGGAUGUCUACAAUAAGAUCCAUAUGGGGAACUGUGCUGAGAAUACGGCGAAGAAGAUGAACAUUGCACGAGAGGAACAGGACACGUACGCGAUUAACUCCUACACUAGGAGUAAAGCAGCGUGGGAAGCAGGAAAAUUUGGAAAUGAAGUUAUCCCUGUCACAAUUACAGUAAAAGGUAAACCAGAUGUCCUGGUGAAAGAAGACGAAGAAUAUAAACGGGUUGACUUUAGCAAAGUCCCAAAGCUGAAGACCGUUUUCCAGAAAGAAAAUGGCACAGUCACAGCCGCCAACGCGAGCACGCUCAACGACGGCGCGGCUGCCCUGGUGCUCAUGACUGCGGACGCUGCCCGGAGGCUCGACGUCAGGCCGCUGGCCAGAGUAGCAGCAUUUGCUGAUGCUGCUGUCGAACCCAUUGAUUUUCCAAUUGCGCCCGCGUAUGCUGUACCGAAGGUUCUUAAAGAUGCAGGCCUGAAGAAAGAGGAUAUUACGAUGUGGGAAGUGAAUGAAGCCUUCAGUUUGGUUGUGCUGGCAAACAUUAAAAUGCUGGACCUCGAUCCCCGCAAAGUGAACAUCGACGGAGGAGCAGUUUCUCUGGGACAUCCCAUCGGGAUGUCUGGAGCCAGGAUUGUCGUUCAUAUGGUUCAUGCCCUGAAGCAAGGGGAGUACGGUCUUGCCAGUAUCUGUAAUGGAGGAGGAGGGGCGUCUGCCCUGCUGAUCCAGAAGCUUUAGGCAGCUCGUGUCUAAAACAACCCUAUGUGGCCAGAAAGGUCUGCUGUAAUCAGUAUAACUCACUACCUGGGGUCGGGUUAUGUACUCCCAUCUGUUUCAUUUUCUAUAUUUUUCUAACAUUUUUACAAUAUGAUAAGAUCAAUCCUCAAACCUUUUGAAAUUAUAAAUAAAUGUUUUCUUCUGCUUUAA